GUACACCAGGCCAUACGUGCCAUCUUGAGCAGAUUAAUUUUCCUCUGCACACGAACUUGGUGGAUCACCACCCUUCUAUUUUUCCAUAACACCGUAUUUUUAUAGAUUUGACUUCAGGAAGUGGAAGAGGAAGUGGCCCGGAAGGCUUAACGACAUCGAAUCUUCAUCAAUAAGAUAAAGAUUUGAUAAAGACUGGUACUGUCGCGGCUGUUACAACUUCGUAGGAGGACCAUCAGACUAGUAAUUACAAGUAGGAAGAGCACUUAGUUUCCUGAAAGCGCGUGCACAAAACUCAUCUUCAGUAACGUUAAAUAAAGCACCAUCCAUAAAGGAAAAUGUCUGACGAGGAUUACACCUUCGAGAAGGCCGCCGCAGGCGCUUCCCUGACUUAUCCGGCUGAGGCUGGCUCCCUCCGCAAAAACGGACACUGCAUGCUCAAGGGAAACCCAUGUACAACCGCACUGAUUUUAUUCUUUCCGGGCAAAUGUGUUGCUCGUGAAAGUUGUACGGCCUGCUUCAGGACCGGGGAUACAUUGAACAAAUCGAUGAGCAUGCCGAAUAAUUUUGUUGCGUCAUUUUGCGGCGUGCCGCCUGUCAAUUAUAAGCGAGUUUGAUCAUCGCGCUCAACUUACACACAACAGCCCCAAUCAGAGCAUCAUAAAAUUACUAUCUUGGGUAAGAGGUACGACUAGUAACUCAAACACUACAGGUAAAAUCGUCGAAAUUUCUGUGUCGAAGACGGGAAAACACGGACACGCCAAGUGCCACAUCGUUGGUAUUUCACUUUCUUUUCAUUGGUUGCCUUUAUAGGACAGCCCAGCAAAUCCAAAAUUUAAAUUACGAUACAUGUGAAUGAUCAGAUUUCUACGGUUUUAUGAUGUAUGGAACCAGUCGGUCGUAUAAAUAUAGCUGCCGCGCCUCUACUCGGGUCGCUACGGGACCAGGCAGCUCUGAGUUGCUACGUGGUUCGAAUGAGUGCAUGAGUCUGAAAAUGCAUUUGAAUCUAACAAGAUAGUAAAAUCAAAAUUUUUUGGCUAUGCGUCGAAAUUUCUGAUUCCGACACGUUUCUUUCUGCUCAGCACCUACUCUUUACUGGAAACGGAUUCAUUAAAAAAUGAAUAUAAUCAAUUUUUUUGGGAUUCAUCAUGAAAAUGCGAUUUCAAAUUGGAAAAUUUCAGGUACCGAUAUUUUCACGAAUAAGAAGUAUGAGGAUUUGUGCCCGUCUACGCACAAUAUGGAUGUUCCGAACGUGAACCGUGUCGAGUAUCAGCUUUUAGAUAUUGACACUGAUGCAGGAUCUGUGUCGGUGUUGUUGGAAAACGGUGAUACCAAGGAUGACUUGAACUUGCCGAAAGACUCGUCGGGUAACUACGAAGAUGAGGCCGAGAAGUUACUAGCUGCUUUCGAGGAAGGUACUGACUUGGCUAUUUUAGGGUCACUAACGCUAUCGAAUAAACGUUGUUGCUCUUGCCUAAUCGCAAGUCUGUAUUCCUAUUCGGUUCUUCUAUUUCAGCGUUUCCAUUACAAUCUCGAUUAUUAGUUGUUGAAUGAGUCGCUAUAAUGUGUAAGUGUAAUUCAUUUUUGUUGUUCUUCUUGCUUUUAAUUACAUACCACUAGUACUAGUAUUAGUCAGAGUACCUCCUCCUAGUACUACUUCUACUUCUUUCUCAAAUUAAGCCAGCGACUUCACAAGUAUUCCUUAACGUACAGUAGGGAGAGGCUCAAUGCCAUUUGACUAAGCUGCUCUUAUCCUCUUCUCCUACAUUACCAGGCAAAUCGCUCCUGAUUACCGUAUUGGUGUCUAUGGACAAAGAGAAGAUCGUUUCUUUUAAGGAGAUCCAGGGUUAAGUCUGGUUCCCCGCUGCUACGCGAAUUGACGUGAGCAGAGCUAGUAUUUUUGAUCGCGUGUUGGGGCUUGCGACUGUGGUAUCGUGGUGUGAAGGACGAACAAAAACAAAUGUAAGCGUUGCAGAGACGAGAUGAGCUUCAUAUUCCUUCAAAUUGGUAGUACUAGCAAAUCAUGUAACCGGCAACAUGAAGAUGAAGUCUGGGUGAAGCUCUGCGGAGUAGCUGUACUUGGCAUACACCUCUUCACGUCGGAUAUAUAACUUCGUAACACAGUCACAGGUAUUGCCAUAGACUCUUCACGCACGAUACACAUAAGGUUUUGUCUCCACCAAGAGCAUGAUUACCCAUCGUUCUAAUGAUUCCUUCCCUAGUGUUGAAACGCAUAGUCAUGAUCGAUCGUUGCUUUUGUAAUUCUGAUGUUGGACGAACAUUUGUGUGAGCAUUCAAUCUUAAUCAGUAUCAGGUUGGUAGUGAAGACGUUGUCAUCAAAAUCAGGCUCCAGACUAGAGCAAGAUAUUUACAAGCAAAUCUAUCAGACAUUGGCAUACUAUCCCGUAAUAUUAUCGUUCAUCGAUAGUGUAGUGUUUACCGUUACUGGCUAUUCACCUUGUCGAGGUUAAAGCUGACUUAUCGAUCGCUAAUUAAUUCUCCAGAUCCAAAAGGCUAUGAUUAAUAUAUAAAUAUGUCGAUGUGAACUGUCAUAGGCACGACGGACAACGAAUGAAACGAUAUGGAUGCGCGAUGUCGUGAGCGAGGAACCGCAUAUGCAUAUGAUGAAAAGCCUUCACUGAAGAUGAACAUUGCAAUCAUUUGCUUACAGCAUAGAGAACAUAGAUGCGCGAAUUAUUCUGACCGACGACUACUUGUGUUGGGCCGGUCAUACCGGCUUG